AUGGAGGAGACGUUUGCUGACGCUGGCGUCUCCAUCACAGUGACCUCCCUUACGGACUUCAUCUCCUUUGCCGUUGGUUGCGCGACACCAUUUCCAAGUGUUCAGAUGUUUUGUGCGGUAUGCGGUGACAGCAGUGAUGUUCACGAUACGUCUAUCAGUCGUCCACUGUCUUCGCUGAAUGCCGAUGUCCUAGCACAUCGUCAGGCGAAUGGGACACGCAGACAACUGCAAGUCCACUGGUUGGCAGAAAGAUCAAAAAGGAAGAGAUCGAAGAGUGCAUAUGAAGAUCGAAGUUUUGAGAAGAAUCAUUUACUUUCGCAGUUCUUCCGCACCACCCUGACUCAGGGACCUGUGCUUCUGAACUCGCGAAUCGACUACGGUAGUAAUCUCCAUGUAUGGAUGUACAAUCUGUCAAAUGUCGAUAUUGGUCCAAGACGUAUUUGGACGGUGUUGGACAAGGAAAUAGAACUCUACGAGCACACUGAGUUCACAGGAGCUGCUGAUUCGUGGUUGCGUACUUACCUUGCUUUCACCAAACAGUCUGGAUUGCUCAUUACUCAGGAUAAUUUUGUUUACAUUCUCAGGAAUGUGUUCUUGUCACAACCGCCAAUUCGGCAAAAUCCCGGCGGUGAUGUGGAACCCAUUCAAGAAUCGAUGAAGAGAAUUUCGCGGAAAAAUUUGUUGAAAGAUCUUGAAAAUCAAUUAAUUAUUUUGUUCGACGCAAGCGGAUCUUUGCUGGACGCCUCUCGAGUACCGAUCCAGCUCCGUCAUGUUGGAUUUGCGAAUCAAAGUCGAGCGAUGCAGCUGUUCAGAAAACUGGCUGAGACUAGUAAGCUUCCGACCGGCGUCUAUGCCGACUUCUUCCAGUUCGCAGAGCAGUACAACGCCGUUCUACCGGGCACGUUGUCGUCAAUUGGAUACGCUGGAGCAGCUGUGAUCGUGGUUUCCCUUCUGCUAAUUCCAGAACCGGUGGCUAGCUUAUGGGUCUCGUUCUCGAUUGUCUCGAUCAACAUUGGAAUACUCGGUUUCAUGACAUUUUGGAAUGUUCGACUCGACUUCAUAAGCAUGGUGACGAUCGUCAUGUCCAUCGGAUUCUGCGUCGACUUUGCCGCUCAUUUAGCGUACAACUUCGCCAAGGUAAAGUAUGAUUCAUAA